GGCGGCUUCCUCAGUCGCUUGCUCAACGCGUCAGAGAGUGUUCGUCGGAGUGCGACAGGAACUCACUUGUAAUUUAAUCGUAGAUUUUUAAACGUUUGGAAUCUGUGUAAAAGCUGAACGUCACGCUUCGCCGCCGCCAUCAGUGCCGUGGAUCUUGGUUACGACUGUGUUGUAUUUGUGAUAGUGCUCGUGGCCGAACGGAACAUCGUGGUAUCGAGGUUGCUGGCGUCGUCGAUCGUCUUUCGGUAUUUAGAAGGAAAAUCCGAGGUCUCGUAAAAUUCUUGUUUACGUUGAAGAAAACACCGGCAACCAUAUCUCGGGCAACAAGUGUUUCAGUACCUACUUGGACUGGGUGUGAACCCAGAUACGUUGUGUGAAGUUUUAUGUAAUCGUUUAUAAACUCCGUUAGAAAAGACUUAAAUCUGUGAAGACUGAAGUGAACGCUGUUAAAACUCCGACUGUGUUGGUUUUUUAGUCUCGAGUGAAGUGAAGGAGACGUAAUUAUUGCUCUCCAAUUGUUAUGCUUUGGAAACAAGUGUGCAGUGCUAUUAGUUAAUGGAUUGUAUACUAAUUGGGAUCUGAACAGAUAAAUGGCAAAUGUAAUGCUGCUAAAAAAGGAAGAGACAUGAAAGCGAAAAUCAUCAGUUACUCUCACCGAGCCGAGGAGCCAAGAUCGAAAGGUGGUGUCUUAAGCAGAUUGAGUGCGUAGUAUGGAUGAGAGUUUCAACAAUGUAGUGGAAGGGACGCGCCAGUAUUUCAUGGGUCUGCCUAAGCCAGCUCAGGAUGGGUCUGUGCAGCAGGUGUGGCCGACAGGAUCGCCUACUGAUGAAGGCACUCCUGUUCUUUCCGGUGUCGGGCCAAAUUCCUCGCGGCCACCGUCCGUUGUCACGGCACAUACCUCUCGACCGCCGUCCACCGCUGCUGCGCCGCCUUCCACGUCAACACCUGCACCAAUAAAUAUUCCAUCUCGUCCGCCUUCGGAACCGUUAGAACCCGAGCCUCAUAUUAUACACAAAGCGACUGUAAUGCGUGAAGCAGCUGAAAAACGUAGAGAACAACCAGAAAUAGAAGAUGAGGAAGAAGCGGGUGGAGCUUUAUCACCUCCAUCACACAUCAUAAGAAAACCGACACCACACAUGAUGCCGUCUCCUGCACCGGCAUCGGCGGUGCCGAGUCCGUCACCAGUCCGACCACCCUCCGCAGCCUCUUCCCUUCCUCCACAUGGUUCAGAGCAAAAAGAGCUUUCUACACAGUAUCGGUCAUCCGUCCACAGAGUUCAGACGCCUACGAUAAGGCUUCCAGAACAUUUCAGUAAUUCGAGUAGAGCAGACUCAUAUACCGCAUCGAGACAAAGUGAACAUUUUAUGCGAUAUCAGUAUGAUCCAAAUUCGGCAGAGAGCGGCAGACUAUCGCAUAAUUCUUCUAUUGCAUCUCCACAACCUUCAGCUCUACAUCGUCAGAGUCCACAAAGUUACGCUAGAAUAUCGAGUACAAUAACGCAACAUACGAGUAGAUUAAAUGAAACAUCUAUUCAUAAUUCGAUCGUGAAUCAACGUUACUCCCUACCGCCUCAACCGCCACCGCCACAUAAUGAUCGUGUACCACCAAUACACCAUCCACAAGUUCCUGCUGCUAAUAUUCUUACCACUGAUGAUAUUAGAUCAUCACAGAUGUACAAGAAUAGAGAGUCUUCAUUCUCUCGCACGAUGUCAAGUUAUGAAAGACAUCAAACAAUUCCACAACGAAAGUAUGACCCGCAGCAAACUUAUUCCGGAUAUCGAGCUUCGCAGCAAGUUGCAUCUAAUCAUAAUAUUGAUAAACGUAAUAACAAUCAAUACAAACACGGAACCACGGACGUAGUAAACGCUCACUAUACCACAAGACCUCCAGAUCGACCGAUAUUAACUCAACAACCACACGUUCAUGAACAUCAUAGAGUUAUUCCCAGAACGGAGUAUGUAAAUAAGAAUCCUACGAAUUCUAAAAACUAUAAUUAUCCUGUUCCAUCUACCUCUUCUGUAAGAUAUGUACAAAAUACAUCUGUUCCUAUUAAUCAAAAUAAUACAUCUGCGCUACCAAGAUCUAGCUAUCGAUCAGCUGUUGCCCCAAAGUCAAGUUACGAUUAUUCGGCACUCAAUCAAUCUCACACUUCCCCAUCUCGAGCUGCAAUGAAAGCUGGCUAUCAGAAUCCUCAGACUAAAAUGACAGUUUCUGUUACAUCAAUAGUAGAUCAAAUGAAUCAAACUAAACAAAGGCGCGAAUCACCUCUAGAUUUAUCUGUUAAGACUGUAAAAAAUUCAGCCGAUUCGUCUACGACUCAAGACGAUAUGGUUGAUUCUGCCUCGAUGAAAAAUGAAAGUUUCACGUUACAACCACGAUUAACAAACAAUCGCACAAACAUAACAUCUUAUUCGGCCUAUGCAGCAUCACACGCAUCACAUAAAGUUGAUUUUGCCCCAGACUUUGCUCAAUAUAGAGGGGAGAGAAUUAAUGCUAGUCAUAAUUACAAUGUAUCACCUCAACCAAGUCUGCCUGGACGUCAUAAUGAAGGAUUUGAUCAACUACGACCAGUUGUUGAUCCAUGCUCUAUUGAAUCUCGUCAAGUAUUUGCAGAGCGUACCAAAUAUCAAGACAUUCAUAGAAAUGAUUAUGUACCCCGAAUAGAUCUUACACGAUCUAACAGUGAAGAGCCGCAUGUAGAAAAUAGAAUUCGAGAUGAUAGGCACUUUAUAAUAGAAGAUCGUAAACGAAUAGGCGGUCCAGAUAUAAGUAACAUUCCCAAAAAAAUUGUGAAAUAUGAAACGUGGUCAUCUGACAGUCGGAUAGAUCGGUUAAGUCAAUCGGCAAGGGAACAACGAGAAUUAAUGAGCCGUCCGGUUUACAACUAUCAAAGCUACAAAAGAUUUGAAGCCUUCCAGAAUGAUCUAAAACGUCCACAUUUGCCUUCUGCGCGAUAUGCAGAUCCACAGCCCCAUGUAAGUCAUCGAUACUCGGUUAGUCACUUCAAUGAACAGAUCCACCGGGAAGUAAAUGGCUAUCAUGGUUCUUACGAUAAGAAUCUAUCAGUUGCUAAUAAUCGCCAUAUAAUACAAAAAAUUCCGAGCCAUCGCGACAUACAUCCGCAUUUAAAAGAUAUGCAGCAACCUGCAGAUAAGAAAGUUUUGAGUAUUUUAAGAAAUAGCUUGGAAAUCAAGCAAAACUACGCCGAACCUUUGAAACCUUCAGAUAAAAUACCGGAUCUCAUAGUUAUAGAUGAUGGAGAUGAUCAAGUUAUAGACAUUACAAAAGAAACGGAAUCGGAAUCUACAAAUAAUCAAAUUAAUAAAAACGAUGGAAUUUUGACCCAACAGAACUUCAGUCAUGAUAUUCAAAUGCCUAAAGCAGUAGACUCUAUUACUCGCGAUGAUCUGCGACACGAACAGUCGGAAUCUAAAACCAAGUCCCCAGAAAAUGAUGUUGCAUCCAGGAUCAGAACAAAAGCCGAACUGAAAGUCAUGCCACCAUCGCAAGAUAGCUCUAAUAAAAAUGAUACCUCUGCUAAUAUUCGAAGUAAUGAAACAAAAAUUCUUCCGAAAUCACAAAAACAGCAUCUAUUCAAUCAAAUUCGAGAAGAUAACUUGAGAUUAGAAUCUGUCAUCAAAACCGAAAAAGCUGUAGAAGGCGUACAAGAAAUUAAAUCUGAGCCUAUGAGUAUUGAAGAAAUAGAAAAAGAUGCUAUUAGACAUAUUAAAACUGAACAUAAUGAUGAAGAUUUUGAGAAUAGCGAGCCUGAUGUUAAGGAUGCCUUAGAUAUGGAUUGGGCGACAGCAUGUGACAGUUUUAUGGAGCAAUUAAAAGAAGGCUGCCAUAAAAGAAAACCAAAUAAAAGAAUCGUAGAAAACGUUAGUCUUGAUGGAGAUAAUAAAGUAGUUGAAUCAAAUUCAAUAAUUGCCACAGUUUCAUCAGACAAGAUAGAGGUCAAAGCAGAUAUUAUAAUCAAAAUUAAACAAGAGCCGAAAGACUUCGAGGAAGAAAAGGCAGGAAAAGAAAAUUUAAAUACUCCUGAAGUUGUACAAGAAAUGCCUAGGAAAACAAGAAGAAUAAGCAAGCAUGAUAAGAAUAGAAAUGAAAAGAAAUUAGACAAAGAAAAUGAAAAAGUAAACAAAAAUAGGUUUAGUUCAAAAUCUAACAAAAAUAAAACUAACCGAACGCAAAUAUCUGUAAAAAAGGAAGUAGAAGAUGAAGUGCCCAUUGCAAAUGUUAAGGAAGAAGCUGAGUCAACAGAUGACGACGAACCACUCAUAAAAAGUAAACUACUCAAAGAAAAAGAGCAAAGUGACCGUAUGAAAUAUCAAUUACUUAAAGAAUUAGCGGAAAAGUCAGCUUAUGUAAAAUUAGAAUGCUGCGAUGAUAUUAGUACCAGAAAGUCACUUGAUUCAAUCAACAAAGACAAGGAAGCCAUGAAGUCCAGUAAAAACAAAUUAGCUAGACAAACUUCUAAGGAUACAAGAUCAAAAGAAAAAACAAUUAGCGAUAGUUCAAAGGACGAAGGAAUAAAUGAGCUUUAUUCAGAUAGUGAUGACGACGUAUUAAGUGUAUCAAGUAGGCUUCGGGUACGAAAGAUUGCAAAAUCAGAAGACGUGACAGUUGCUUCAACCAACAAGACUUCUGCCAAGUCUUCUCCUACAAAAAGAAUGGAUUCAAGUAGUUCUUGUUCAACUCCCUUAAGAAAAUCUGGAUUUGGCGAUGGAUCUGACUUCCAUCCUGGAUGGGAAGAAGAAUUGUAUAAAUAUAAACGGUCACUUCGUAUGCCGACGAGACUAAUCGCAAUACCCAGAGGUCGAUCUGGUGGACCUUUCUUUUUAAAGAAUUGUGCAAAUCAAUUGGCAAGAGGCUCCACGUCACUGCCCGAUUUAGACCCUGUACCGUUAUCUCCUGCUCCCUCAUCUGCUCAAUCAGCUGCUACUGACGACAUAUAUAGGCGUCCAGAUAAAAAUAUACUAGAUAGUGAUCUCGAGUCUAAUUCUAGCUGUUCUGCUUUCAAUAAUAAACUUCAAUAUGAUUCAGAAGCUUCCACCUCAACAAUUUUUUCAUCCACGAACACUAAUAGAAGUAAGGGUAAAUCAAAUUCUAUUGUUGACGUAUUGAUUAAAAAGUGUAGUAGAAAAGACGAAAUCAAGAAAAAACUUAAAGACAAAGAGGAAAAAUCGUCCAAAAUUUUACCUAAAAGUUCAAAUACAACAGAGCUUUUGCCGACACCAAGUUUGGGUUUAGUAAAAAAUGGAAAUAAGGGUAAUUUGAGUGCGAGAAAAGAAAAACUUAUGGAAGAUAUUUUUUAUCUUGGUGCUUUUAGAAAAGAGACUGUUACAAUGUUUAGAACAGCUUUCAUAAAUAACACGAAUGGGCUGAUUGGCGCUACAGAAGAAUUCGCACCGGUUGUAUUAAAAUCGCGAACCAGAACAGAAAGCCGAGUGUUGAAACAACGAGCUACAAUAAAGGAAGUAUUUGGUGAUGAUCGUCCAGCAUCUGCUCCACCAACAUCUUGCAGAGAAGAGUACACGGCUGAUGCAGAGGAAGAAUCUUCUGUAAUUACAAAGAAAGAUGUCGAUAUAAAAAAUAAGAUUAAACAAAAAACAAAAAACAAAAUGUUAAGAAGAUCAAGUUCUAUACGGGAUGGUUUGAGAAGUACAAAAUCUCUCAAACGGAAUGAUGCCAAAGGACGUAUGAUGAGAUUAAAAAAGAGAAACAGCUUAUUGAAAUCGUUAAUAUCUACUAAGAAAAAUAAAAUUUCUUCAUCUUCGAAUAUUAAAGUAAAAUCUGAGAAAAAUGAUAAAUCUCCAGAAGAUAAUAAAGAUGAUUCUAAAGAAGAUAACUCCAUUCCGAGUACAACAGAAACAAAUGCAAAAAAACGUUUUAAACGACUAUUUGGUAGAAGGAAAUUUAGCUCAGGCUUUGAUUACAUUCGAAAGAAAAAGAAAAUUAUUCGUAGAGAUAACUCUCCUAAAGUUCGUCGACAAGCACCCAAGCCUAGCCCUGAAUCAGUCCACGACAUACAAAAAGAAAUCAAAGGAUGGUUUAUAAACAAAAGCAUUGGCGAAACCCACCUUCACCGCGCUGCAAGACUUGGAUUUACGGACUGUGUUGCAUAUUGUUUGGAAAAAAUGAAAGUAGACCCGUCAGCAAAAGACAACGCUGGUUUUACAGCAUUACACGUUGCAUCCGCGAAAGGCCAUGUUAGGAUUGCGCGAUUGCUUUUACAAUACGGAGCUAAUGUUUCUGCUGCAGCCCAGGGAGGAAUACGACCUUUACACGAAGCUUGCGAAAAUUCACAUGUGGAAGUCAUACGCCUAUUGUUAGCAUAUGGCGCAGACCCAAUACUGGGCACAUAUGCAGGUCAAACGCCGGAGGAGUUAGCAGAUGGAGCGGCGGCAAAGUUACUACGGCUGCACAUAGCCGAUGUCCAGGGACUAUCAGUGGAACCCUGGAUAUUUCCAUCGCCUGCAGAAAUAAUAGAUCGUGAAUCCCUGGGCUGUGAUCCGUUGUCGUCACCACCGCCCGCAUCACCCCCGCCGCCGCCUGACUCCACGAUCGAGAUUCAGUGCAGUGAAGCCCCGCUACCACCAUUUUACAGUCUGCGGUCCAGUACAGGACAAGCCGUUGAAGGAUAUUGGUGCCUGCUGCAGGAUAUUACCAACAUAUUGCAGAUAAAGUCAAAGGAAAGUUUACUGAAACAGAUACAUUGCGGGUCUGGGUCUCCCAAAGAACUUUUGCGAGAAAUAAAGACACAGGAGUUCUUGGAAAGAGCUCAGUGUCAUCAACUGUUAUGCGCCGGAGAGAAAGUCAACAUACGCGCCUCGAAAGUAGCCUUAAUACGAGUCACUGACAAGUUGAGGCAACUGCUUAAAAUUGAGACUGUUAUUGUUAGUUGACAUUAGUGAUCCCUAGUACACACAUAACAAUUUUUCGAGAUACAACCAAAAGUACAUAUCUAGAAAUUUUAAGAAAUAUACAAGUAAAACUCUUGUAUACUUCUUAAAAUAUGAGAAUAAGAAUAAGAUUAGUUAGUAUCAAUAACACAGACAUAGAUCAUGAUCAAGAUCAAGAUCUAUGUCUGUGGACUGUGAUCAAUACCGAUUCUAAAUACAGCAAACUUAUAUGGUGUAAUGGAAUGACUGAAUAAAAUGAGGCUGGGCAUGAAAUUGGAUGUAUUUAACCGACUCCAAAAAGGAGGAGGUUAUAAUAUGUUCGGCUGUAUAUUUAAAAUGUAACAUUUGACAGCACUUUAUAAAUUAAUAAUUUAAAAUGUAAAGUAAUUUCAUCCUGACAUUAAAUUGAUCCUGAUAUUACUGCUGUUAUCACUAUUCACUUCACUCUUUAGUAAUUAUAGUAUGUAUAACUUCUCCUACUCAGUCAAUAAUAUGAUGACCUAUAAGAAUUAAAACCAUAAUAUUGUAUCUAAUACUGUUAGGAUUCUGUAAUAUAAUAGAUAUAGGUGUAAAUAAUAUAAUAUAU